AUGGAAAGCCAUAUGAUUCAUGGACCUUCGGGUGGUCUCCGCUUCCAGGGCACAGGGUCUCAGCUGACGGUGAAUCAUCCCGACUUCGUGGCAAACUACCAUCUUUGCGACUUAUUCUUCUUGUGCGCCAUUGCCUUUGAAUUUGCACAGACAGCCGCUGGCAUCAUGACUGACCCGGUUCUCAAGCAUAUUGCGGGUCAUAUCGUUGGUAUGGUCGACGAACUCCCAGAAGUCUUCGUGACUUACGAUGCACGGACCUCGAGAACUGGCAAGUUUCGGGUCGGGCAGAUCGAUUGCGUCUUCAUCAAGUUGCCUGGUUCCGCGCAAACUGCGCACCCACCAUGGAUCAAUUAUGAGAUCAGCACCACUUAUGCGGCUCCGGUUCCAAUCUGGGUUUUGAACCCGUCUCCUAACACCCAGCUCAACAGAGAGGGUCUGAAAAGGGCACUCGAAAGAUACCGGGAUUCCCCCACAGCCGUCAUGGCCCAAUAUGACCUCAAUCAGUGA